AGAAGAUUUCCCAAACAGUGAUGGCUGCUCUUUCAGCGUCCAUGUGGCUUCGAGGGUAGAGAAUUCAAACAAAGCUUUACAUCAGUGUAUAAAAUAAAGAGUUCAUCGGUGACGUUCUAAGCAGCUCUACGAAGGAAAAUGCAGCACGACGACUAACUAAACUUACGACAGUAAACGACACCAAGCUCCCAUCUCCUUCCUGCAGGUGAUCUGGGACAUCGUUGGAAACAAGCAAUUCUGCUCCUUUAAAGUGAAGACGAAGACUCAGAACUUCUGUCGUAAUGAAUACAACAUCACAGGGAUGUGCAACCGUUCGUCCUGUCCUCUGGCCAACAGCCAGUACGCCACCAUCAAAGAGGAGAAAGGUCAGUGUUUCCUCUAUAUGAAGGUGAUUGAGAGAGCAGCGUUUCCUGCUAAGAUGUGGGAGAAGGUGAAGCUUAGUAAAAACUAUGAGAAAGCUCUGGACCAGAUUGAUGAGAACUUGAUAUACUGGCCUCGGUUCCUCAGACACAAGUGUAAACAGAGAUUCACCAAAAUCACCCAGUACCUUAUUCGCAUGCGCAAACUCGUCCUCAAGAGACAGAGGAAGUUGGUGCCUCUUAGUAGGAAGGUGGAGCAGAGAGAAAAAAGGAAGGAGGAGAAAGCUCUGAUGGCUGCUCAGCUGGACAACGCUAUAGAGAAAGAGCUGCUGGAGAGACUGAAACAGGGAACGUAUGGAGACAUUUAUAACUUUCCCGUCCACGCCUUUGACAAAGCUCUGGAGCAGCAGAAUGAAGAAAGUGAGUCGGAAGAGGAGGAGGAGGAAGAAGAAGAAGAAGAAGAUGUUGGCAGCAGAGAGUUUGUUGCAGAUGAUGAGGUGGAGGAGAGCGACCUGAGCGACUUCGAGGACAUGAACAGACUUAAGACGAGCAGCGACGAGGAGGAAGAGGAGGCUAGUGAAGAAGAGGAGAUGGAGGUGCAGAUGACGAAGUUGUCCAGGUCCAAAGGCAAAGCUCCAGCAAAAGGCUCGGCAGCGAGGAAGAAACGAGCGUACGUGGAGAUUGAAUAUGAGCAGGAGACAGAACCCGGCCCUAAGAACAGAACCACGUAGGAACUCGUCUGUCGAUCAGAACUGUGACAGCGGGACACCCUGAGGACGGAAUAUAUUGUUUCAGUCUUCUGUUUGGUUCUGUUGGUCCAUCUUUCUACCAGUCUUUUUUCAUCCAUCCAGUAUCUGAUACACUCUUCUCCUGAAGAGACAAAUGGUUUAUUUCUAAACACAAUUGACCUAAAUCAGUGAAUCUGCUUUAAUGUUUAGUACCUGCUUAUUCUGCUGGAAAAUAACACAAUCCCAGGAUUAAGGCACAAUUUGGAUCCGAGAAUAAAAUUGAAAUGUUCUGACCGCA